AUGAGUUAUGAAGUACUAAGUUGGGAUAAGAUAGGAUUUGGUAAUUUUGGUAAUUCUUCCAAUAACAGGCUGGAAGAUGCACAAUCGAAAAAUAAAGUGGAAACAAAGCUUAUGUCUAUGUGGAAUAAUAUGAAAUAUGGCUGGACAGUUAAAAUUCGUACAAAUUUCUCAAAAGAGCUCCCAGUUUGGCUUUUGGGUAGAUGCUACCACAAAAAAUCUCCAUCGCCGGAGUCUUCGGUGGAAGUUUUGGGUAGCUCAAUUAGUUCCAUGGAACUUGCUACUGAUGCAACCGGCAUGGAUAAUGUUUGGGAAGGAGAUAGUGGUAUAGAAGGUUUCAAAUUAGAUUUUACAUCUCGACUUUGGCUCACAUAUCGCAGAGAAUUUGCAACUUUGCGAAGCAACAAUACUGGGCCUUCAUUUUCAUCAGAUUGUGGUUGGGGAUGCAUGCUCAGGAGUGGACAAAUGAUGCUGGCUCAAGCUCUGAUUUGCCAUUUUCUUGGAAGAGGCUGGCGUUGGCAUGGUGAACGCAGUGGGAUGCACAUGACUGCUGCUGCAUUUCAAGAAGACAGGUUGCAUCGAAUGAUUGUGAAAUGGUUCGGAGACAAAUCCUCCAAGAACAGCCCGCUUUCCAUACACGCAUUGGUAGCCCUUGGAGAGCAGGCCGGCAGACGGGCUGGUGACUGGUACGGACCAGGGGCUGUGGCACAUCUUUUAAAGCAAGCGGUUCAGCAAGCGGCUCAAGAAAACACCGAAUUAGAUAAUCUCGCUGUUUAUGUUGCUCAAGAUUGCGCAGUGUAUUUACAAGAUGUUUUGGACUGUUGUCAACCUACUGCAAAAAUAAAUGCUACACCACCUUGGAAACAGAAAUCUUCAAGUUCGCAAAGUAAUACUGAACGAGUCAGUACAAAUUCUGCUUGGAAAGCACUAGUUCUUUUAGUACCAUUAAGAUUAGGAGCAGAAAAAUUAAAUCAAAUUUAUGGUCCUUGUUUGCUGGCUAUGUUGAGUCAGGAAAGUUGUAUAGGUAUUAUUGGUGGAAGGCCAAGGCAUUCCUUAUAUUUUAUAGGAUAUCAAGAUGACAAAUUAAUACAUUUGGAUCCACAUUACUGCCAGGAUGCUGUAGACGUGUGGGUACCAGAUUUUCCAUUACAGUCAUUCCAUUGUAAAAGUCCUCGGAAGAUGAAUCUCUCAAAGAUAGAUCCCAGUUGUUGUAUAGGGUUUUAUUUACCAACUCGUCAUGAAUUCGAAUCGUUUGUACAAAAUAUACAAGAGUACUUAGUUCCACCCAGUUGUGUUCCUGGAUCCAGCGAAUAUCCAAUGUUUGUAUUUUGUGAAGGAAAAAGUACACAAGCCCAAGGAACGCCUCUAAAUAUCUCCAGAUAUUGUCCAUCUUCUCAACUUCUUCAAAGUGAUAGCGACUUUGAAACAGAAGAAUUUGAACUUCUCUGAAGGCAUUUUAUUGCAUUUGGCAAGUGUUAACAUUCUAUCAUCAAGGAAAUCAAUAAAUAGAUAAGUAAGUAUAUUUAAAUCACCUCUAAAAUAUGUUAUCUAUAGAUUCAUUAAAAUUUCAUGACAAAUACAUUUGCAAGAUCUGCGAAAUAUCAUCUGCAUAUCACUUGCACAUCAUUUACUUAUUUACUAGUAUCGUGUCAUUUU